AUGGCGUCGACUAGCCCCAUUUCACCCUCGUCAACCCUGGAAACCCCAGUUGAGAAGACGGACCAACCUAAUUCGCAGGCUCAUACGGAUGCAACUCUUCGAAAAGUCCCAGAUGUCGUGAAAGUACGCAGAAGUCGAUCCCCUCCAGAACGGAAUUCCCGAGCUGGCGAGAAUCGACUGCGACCUGCAGGGGACCUGAUCAACCGAAUUACUUGGGAUUCCAAAUUCAACCACAAUGACUACAUUAUCGGAUUUGUUGACCGAUUCGAGGGACGGCUAGAAAUUACCUUGGACAAGUGGAAGAAAGAAUCCACAGACGAGGAAUUUAUUCCGCAACACCGCGUGCUGUAUAUCCGCCAUGUUGACGGGGAGAUUGUGUGGGACCGGCGAAGGCGCAUCGACGCCAUCUUUAGCAGCGGGAACUCGGCCUUUCGCGAACUGGCAUUUCUGCAGUGA